AACAUUGAGAAGAACUCAGCAGUUCUGUUGUAGUUUUGCUGCUAAAGUUGAACACAUAUUUGCGGAACGUAGCUGGAGUAACUUGCUGAAUUAGACCAAUACUGUCAAAACGAGUCGGUAGGUACACAGAAGCGGACUUCGAGAACGAAAGGCGACGAGGGUCCAAAAUUAUCACGAGAAGCUUCCUGUUUUCGAACUAAGAUGAUGGCUAUUCAUCCACGGAGAGUCCGUCUGAAACCAUGGCUAGUGGCACAAGUUGACAGCAAUGCUUUCCCUGGACUUGUAUGGAUUGAUAGAGAAGCAAAACGUUUUCAGAUCCCUUGGAAGCAUGCAACCCGACACAGUCCACCACAGGAUGAAGAGAACACCAUCUUCAAGGCAUGGGCUGUGGAAACUGGCAAGUUCCAAGAAGGUGUUGACGAGCCUGAUCCAGCUAAGUGGAAAGCCCAGCUUCGCUGUGCCUUGAAUAAAAGUCGUGAGUUUAAACUGAUAUAUGAUGGAACUAAGGAGGUACCCAUGAAUCCAGUGAAAAUCUAUGAUGUCUGUGAAAUCCCACAGCCUAUCAGCAAUCCUGGAUCUACGGGCUCUGCACCUUGGGAAGAUGAGUUAGAGCCGGAUGAAGACGAUGAUGAUUUGUCGGGAGCAUUAAGGAACAUUGCAGGGUCUCCCUUAGACCCAGCCAGUGUUGGAAGCAGUUGUCCUUCCAGAGAGGACGAGCCUGUUAGUAUGGAAGAACAUUCACCCCUAGAUGGUAUAUUCCCGUCACCUGAGAUGUGGAUCAGCUCCUUGCCAAUGACUGACUUAGAGGUCCACUUCCAAUACAGAGGCAAAGAAGUAUGCCCCCCUAUCACCGUGAGUAACCCUCAAGGCUGCCGUCUCUUCUAUGGGGACCUGGGUCCCAUGAUAAAUCAAGAAGAACUGUUUGGGCCAGUUAGUCUGGAGCAGCUUCGCUUCCCUUCCACGGAACACAUCACAAAUGACAAGCAGAGGCUCUUCACCAAUCGUUUACUAGAUGUCAUGGACCGAGGGCUAAUCUUAGAAGUUAGUGGGCUUGAUAUCUAUGCCAUCCGCCUCUGCCAGUGCAAGGUCUACUGGUCUGGGCCCUGUGCCCCCAACUCCAACUCACCAAAUCUCAUUGAGAGGCAGAGGAAAGUCAAGCUGUUCUGCCUGGAGACCUUCCUUAGUAAUGUGAUCACCCAACAGAAAGGCCAGUUGGACAAACUGCCCCAGUAUGAGAUUCAUCUUUGUUUUGGAGAAGAGUGGCCAGAUGGGAGACCUAAAGAGAGAAAGCUGAUUACAGUUCAGGUUAUUCCAGUGGUGGCACGCAUCAUCACUGAGAUGUUUUCUGUGGAUUCUAUGCGUUCAUUUGACAGCGGCAGUGUGCGUCUUCAGAUCUCCACCCCAGAUAUCAAGGACAACAUUGUGACCCAACUGAAGCAACUGUACCGCCUUUUGCAAAAUCAUCAGGGACAUGAAAGUUGGCCAGUCCAUCCAUCUGCCAACAUGCAUCUCUCUCCCCCACUUUAAACUAGUGAAUCCCACAAUAGAACAGACUUGUUGCACCACUGUACCUUAUAAUUAACAUGAACACUACAGGGGCAGACUUUUAAUUAGUACAUUUUAGUUUGCUCUAGUCUGUCUUAUUUAACCAUAAGAGGUGGUCACUACUUCCUACUGUGAAAAAUGAGGAGGCUUUUAUGAUAUUAGACUAUUUGACUCAAGCAUUUGAGUCAUUCAUAUUGGCAAGCUAUAGUCUUGUCCACUUUUGA